GUGGAACCCAAACUCAUCACAAAACCAAGUUUAUCGAGGUACCCACCAAUUUUGUCAAGACCUACAAUGAAAUUUGAGACUCUUGAGCGUCAAGUUUUUUUUGAUAUCGAGAUCUCUGGGUCGCCAGUUGGUAGAGUUGUCAUACAAUUGUUCGAAAGCAAAGCUCCAAUCGCAUGUGAGAACUUUUAUAAGCUCGGUCCCAAAUAUGAAGGCACGUACUUUCAUAGAGUCAUAAAAAACUUCAUGAUUCAAGGUGGGGAUAUCGUUUAUGCACAGGCAAGUAAAUAUAACUAUAUCAAUGUGGGAGCGGGGCUUCAUCCUGAUGGGGUAUCAUUUAAAGAUGAGAACUUAGAGCAAAGCUUAGACGAACCCUUUUUUCUUUGCAUGGCAAAUUCUGGGCACAAUUCUAAUGGAUCACAAUUUUUCAUAACAACUGCUUCUGCAUCACACUUAAGCGGAAAGCACACUGUUUUUGGUAAAGUGAAGUUUGGGAAAUCCGUGAUACGAGGAAUCGAGAGAGUGAGGACAACCCCAGAAAAUGUGCCUCUUGAAGAUGAACUUCCAGUGAUUGUUAAGUUUGGAGAAUGGAACGAAGGGGAUCCUGUACCGAUAAUGAAUGCAUGUUAUGAUCAGAUAGCUGGUGAUAUUUACGAAGAAUACCCAGAUGAUGACGAACACAUCCAAAAGGACUCAUCAAGAUCAGUUUACGAUGCGUCUUUGAUUAUCAAAGAGAGUGGUGCGGCUUUGAUAAAAACUGGUGACUUCAAGAAUGCAAUUUUCAAAUUUAAGAAAUGCCUACGUUAUAUCAUGGAAUACAUUCCCGAUGAAGAUCAAGAGCCAGAAUAUUUUUCGAAAUUUGCUGACUUGAAGAAGAAAGUAUAUCUCAACUUGUCAUUAUCAUGUCUUAAAAUCAAAGAUUACAUGAAGUGCGUUGAUUAUUGUACUUUUCUUUUAGAUAUGAAUCUUUCUGCACCAGAGAGAUCUAAAACGCUAUACAGAUUAGGACAGGCCAUGAUUUCUGUGAGAAAGUACAAAGAAGCUGUUACUAUAUUGAGUAAGGCAGGCGAGAAUUCAGAUGAUUUAGCUAUAAAAAGGGAAUUAGUUCGAGCUGAAGGCUUGCUUCAAAAACAAAAAGAUGCCGAAAAGGCAAAGUAUUCUAAAUUUUUCAUGUGACAACAAACGGCAUGUAUUUAGCAGUUCAGGAAUAAAAUUACUGUCCGAUUACGCAGC